GAGUUAUCGAUCCAUUCCAGUGUGCGCAGAAAACUGAGGCUUGUUGCUCCUUUUCCUGUCUUCACACUUCCGUGACGGACCAACUGGGCGAGUCCUUCUGGGGAGACCCAACUGUCCUUCUUUGGGCUCCAGCAACUUGUAACUCUGAACAGGAAUUGACGACUGAUUUGUGGAUAGUGCAUUAGUGAGUGGUGGGAAAAAAAAGAUGAGCAAGCAUUUUCAAACAGUGGCCACGAUGGCAUGCAUGAAAUCCCUUCUUAUGAUAUUCAACUUGGCAUUUUGGGCUUCCGGACUGGCGAUUCUUUGCGCAGGAAUAUGGAUGCAGGUGGAAUUGCAUAGAUACUUGGAAUUGAAUGCUAACUUCUCCAACACGGGGCCGUAUGUUCUUGUUGGAACUGGAGCCCUGAUCCUUCUUAUUUCAUCCCUUGCUUGUUGCUGCACCGUAAAGGGCCAGCCUAGUCUUCUCUAUCUCUAUGGAGCUUUCCUGGCCGUUGUGUUUGUCAUCGAACUCUCCCUGGCCAGCUCAAUCUACGCCUACAAAGACAACCUAGCCGAUGGAUUCGACCGUGGUCUCAAUCAGAGCAUGACACGCUACGGAUUGCCGGGAACAGAGGAAAAGACUGGGGAUUUCGACACGAUUCAGGCCCGUAUGCAAUGCUGUGGAAUUCACAGCUAUGAAGACUGGUACAAUCUCAAUCCGACCAGACCCGUCCCACGAUCUUGCUGUCGAGAAGUCAAUAGUCGAUGCGAUACCCAAGAUGAAACUCUUAUCUGGACUCAGGGAUGCUUCCAGAAGGUCGUUGACUUCCUCACAACCAAUAUGAAAGUGAUUGCAGGUGCAGCUGCAGGUGUAACACUCUUUCCACUUCUGGGAACAGUUCUAUCCUGCAUUCUUGCUGCCAAUAUCAACAAAACCAAGUACGAACAGAUGGCCUAAGUCUCCGAGAUAUGGAUCAAAAUAUUAAAAAAAAGAUGUGACUGACGUUGAACGGGCAAAAUAAAUUAAGUUUUUUCUUUCUUGAAGAAUUCACUCGAAAUUCUCUCGUAUGUUAUGGACUUUUGCUCUGAAUUCAUCCUCUAAAUGUGAUAAAAAUCUUAUUUCUCCUCUAGAGUCAAUGCAAGAUAGAUGAAAAUUUAAUCGAUCAGAACAAAAUAUUCAAAAAAAUCAAAUUACUACAUUAUUAAAUUAUCUUAGCAUUUUGGAACAAUUAAAAAAAACUAGUGAGCUACAAUGUAUUGAUAUUUUGAAACAUAUUACAAAAAAAAAAAAAACAAUUAAAGGACUUUAAAAAACUAUAUUUGACAAAAUUAUUAACUUAUAUUUAAAAUUGAAUGUCUGUAUGUAUGUCACGAUAUUGAAUGUUGCACCAAAUAAAAUCAAUAAAAGAAA